AUGAUGGAGCGUUCCUGCCGCAAUGGCAGCAAUGUUGAGGAGAGUGACGACGAGGAUGCGAAACACGUAGCAUUCCUGAGAGCAAGGGUUGUCGAAGCGGCUCGCGAGGGAGAUACGCCAGAGAUGAAGUACCUGAUGGGCAUCACGGCAGCCAAAAGGCUCCUGGCUGCCACUGAUGAGAGCUCGCGGUGGGGCUUGUUACACUUCAGCUGCAGCCGGGGCUUUUUGGAUAUCACGACUAUGUUGCUGGAAGCGGGAACUAAAGCUCUGAAAGCGGUCGACAAGCACGGCAAGACCUGCCUCCAUGUCGCUAUAGAGCACGACUGCAGGGACGUCAUAGAGCUCCUGCUGGACUGGCACGGUCACGCAGAAGUCAUCGAGCUUCUACUGCGGCAUGGGGCGGAUGUGACUGCUAGAGAGGCAUGGGCUGGUCGAACCCCUCUCCACUACGCCUGUCAAGCAGGCUCCCUCAAGGCAGCGACCGCCCUGAUCAUCAAGGGCGGAGCAGAUCCUCACGUGCCCGACCUUUCUGCUGCGAGACACACUCCUCUCGAAGCUGCAGUGGUGUCCGGGUACCGGGCACUUUCGCACCGCCUUGUUAUCUUGGUGGACAGCCGCCAGAGAGCCGACGAGAAAAGACAAGCCAUCCUCGAGGGCUUCGAUAUGGCCUCGCGCGAGGCAGUUCGCCGAGAAACGAAGCUGGUAAAAAAUGCGGUUUCGUCUCUUAGAGGCAGAGUCGUGGGUAAACGCUCGCUGGUAAGGUUGGAAAAACAACAGCUGACCGAAACUCUGAGGGGCCACCUAUCCCGAGCCAAGACGCGCCUGCGCAACCUUCAAUCUCAGCACGAGCGGCUCCAUGCCAGGGAAGAGAAAUGCAGUCCCGUUACCGCCGUGAUUCCGGCUGCUUCUGUGCCAGACUGUCGUCCGAGCACGUGCCCAACGUUGUCUGCCACGGGUGGGCUCCGUGGGGGUAGUCGUAUGGCACGCAGGCCUCUAUUACCACCCGGGUCUGCUGGUGGAACCUUGAGCAGGCAUGGCGUCCUUGGGAACCAAAGCGGGGUUCCCGGUAUUAUAAAGAGCCCGCCUGGCGAACGUUCCGUGCGCUUGGCCUGGGGAACAGGUCGUGGAUAG